AUGAAGCUCAUAGAAGUGAUUUUGACAUGCUUCCUGCUUCGCUUGUAUUGUGUAAGUGCAAACGUGCAUAGCAUUAAUGUCGGGGCGAACUUGACUGAUUUCAUGCAUGUCCGCAAGAAGAGGAGUUUGAUAUUCAACGGCAGCGGAACAAUUAAGUUAUCCGUCGGUCCAUCGGGAGCAGUUAAUUUGGCCGACCCGGUAACAUGGCGUUCACUUGUCUGCUCAUACACUGUUCAAGGUGGCCAAUACUCAAUCCCAAGCGCUCCUAUAUACCCAUGGGACAAAUGGGAGGACACCUUUGCGCGCAAAUCCAGGCUUCUUCAUAACAGCCAACCGGAACUGGCCUCCAAUAAUUUUGAAACCGAUGAAUCACGACUGUUCUUCUACACAUUGCUGGAGGCAUUGAUGAGCCAACGUGGAGUUAACGGUCGACAGUGCUUGCUGCGCUCCAUUUGCCAGAAUGCGCAGGUGGACCAACAUGUGGGCUUAUUGUCGGAAAUCCUGGACACAGUACUCACGCCCGGAGUUGAGGACUUGGAUAAGAGUUAUCGAGGUGCGCGAGAGGCCGGUGUAGCCGGCGCAGAUUGCUUCAAACUGUACGCCGAGUGCCCGGCAGGUCUCAAUUGGUUGGACAGCUAUUUAGAUUACUUUUAAUAGGCAGAAUGUGAAAAGCACUGAUGCAGUGCUUUAUAGUCCAUGUAUAGGAGGCUAAUUAUUUAUUAUUUAAAAAGUAGAAAGUAUUCCAAAUAUUCCGUUAUGUGUUUGCGUGGAACAUUUAAGAUAUUUAUUUGGAACCAUAGAUUUUAAGAAAGUGGGUGGGUUGUGUAAGAUAUAAGGUCCUUUUAGAUAGUUAAAAAAUGUUGACAAGAAAAAUAUAUAAAGAUAUGUAUGAAUGUA